UACAUCAGAACAUGGCAAAAAACCUCAAUUCACGACCCAACGUUAUUAUUUCAAUCGUUUCUUUGUACAGAACUCAAUUUCUUUGCGUAUAAAUUAGAGUGAAUUAGAAUAUUGUGUUGUAAAAAGAAAUCUCUAUCAUCAUUAUUACUUUCACCAAUUCAUCAUCGUCAACAAUUGUGGAUUACAUUUCGUCCUUACGCCCAAUUUUGACUCAGAUUAAACCAGUUUUGAAUAUCGGCUUGUCACAACAAGAAAUCUCAUCGUAGUUGAAUCGUCUAAAUCGCUAGCAACAAAGAUGCCAAGCAAGCUAAAGAAGGCAAUUGGAGCUGUGAAGGACCAAACGAGUAUAAGCCUAGCCAAGGUUUCCAACAACAACAACUCGGCCAACCUCGAAGUCACAGUCCUCAAAGCCACGUCCCACGACGUCGUCCCCAUCGUCGACAAAUACAUCCAAGAAAUUCUCGCGCUCAUUACGUCCAACAAAUCGUACGCCUCCUCCUGCGCCCAAGCCAUCGCCAAGCGCAUCGGCAAAACCCGCAACUGGAUCGUCGUGCUCAAAUCCCUCAUGCUCGUCCUCCGCAUCUUCCAAGACGGCGACCCCUAUUUUCCGAUCGAAGUCCUCCACGCCAUGAAGGGCGGCGCCAAAAUCCUCAACCUAUCCAACUUCCGCGACGAUUCCAACUCCUGCCCGUGGGAUUACACCGCCUUCGUACGCACCUUCGCCCUCUACCUCGAAGAGCGACUGGACUGCUUCCUCACCGGGAAGCUCCAGCGGCGGUUCACCUACCAGCGCGAUCAGGAAUUCAACAACAACCGCAGAAGCUCCCGGUCCAACGGGUCCGUCAUCCGCGACAUGAAGCCCGCGAUUCUGCUCGAUCGGAUACAUUACUGGCAGAAACUGCUCGACAGAGCGAUCGCCACGACGCCAACGGGGGCGGCCAAAACAAACCGUUUGGUAUUGAUCUCGCUCUAUUCGAUCGUUCAAGAGACGUACGAUCUGUACCGGGACAUAUCCGACGGUUUGGCUCUGCUUCUAGAUAGCUUCUUCCAACUGCAAUACCAGUCGUGCGUGAACGCCUUUCACGCCUGUGUGAAAGCCUCAAAACAAUUUGAGGAGCUAGCGUCGUUCUACGCGCUCUGUAAGAUCUUGGGAGUUGGGAGGACCUCGGAGUAUCCGAGCGUGCAGAAAAUUUCGGACGAGCUUCUGGAGACGUUACAGGAGUUUCUGAAGGAUCAGGCUUCGUUUCCGGGUCGGUCGCCGCCAACCCAUUUGCAGAUUGGUUCGGAUCAAAUGGCGGGAAAGGAGGGUAAGAAUAAAGGGUUGAGCUUUGAACCGAAUGAAAUCGCUUCUUCUGAGCAAUACGAGGGGUCAGAGAGAGGCUCUGCUUUCGGUUCGGCUUGCACUUCGUUGGAGGAUUUGACGAGUGUCGCCGACCACAGUGGGAAUGUGAGUCCGUCUUGGUCGGUGGAGCAAGAGUUUUAUAAUUCAGAGGAACAACCGGAUAAGACACCGGAGAAUGAAUCCAUCGACAGGGCGAAUGGGAAUGGAUCAACCCAAUCAUUGCCGGCUGAGGUCGAUCAACCUCAACCGGCGAGUGUUGGGUUUGAUCUUGUUUCUUUUGACGACUGGACACCACGACCAGAUCAAACAAAGCAACAAGAAAAAGGAGUUGAACAACUAUUUGGUGUCGAAAAUCAAGAAGGUGCGAAACAAGGAUGGGAGCUUGUGUUGUUCGAGUCUACAAACAAUGAACCGCCGCUGCAAAGAUCAUCGCCACCACCUUCGUCUGUAAAUAAUCUGUUUGAUUCAUCAAACCUAGACAGUUUGUUUCAGAAAUCUUCAGUCCCACAACACCAAUACAAUCCAUUUCUCGAAGAUACAAUUCCAAUCGAGAGCUUUGCAACCUCUUCGAGUUCAAAAACCACCGCCAGCAAUGGCUUUGGAAAUUUCGGAGACGAUUUGCUUUGGUCCCCUAGUACGUCCCAACCAGCGGCACCAACAUUUUGUGCACAUAAUUCAAAUGUUGGACAAUUGGCGCCAACAUUCCCCACGCAGAAUACAAACAAUACAACAACAGUACCGACAGUUCCCGCCCACAAUCCAAAUAACACCACAAUGACACCGCCACCACUUGGCGGGCCGAGCCCAAAAGGGGGCACAAUUUCACCAACAUUGUGGACGCAACAUUCCAAUGAGAGCACAAUGGCACCGACAUUUUGCGCGCGGAGCACGAAUGAGCCCACAACUGCGACAACAUUUUGUGCUCAGAGUCCGAAAGAGUUGGCAGUAGCAACAUUCUGUGCCCAAAACUCCAACGAGAGUGGAAUGGCACCGACAUUCCGUGCGGUGGCUCGUGAUAACAAGAGUGUAGCUCCGAGAUUUCAUGCAGACGAAGCUAAUGAGUUCGCAGCUGCGCCGACAUUCAGUGUGCAGAGUGAAAACGACCCGUUUGCAGUGUUACCAGAUGUGACAAGUACUAGUGAUCCUAUGUGUAACGAAUCGAUGAAUCAAGAUAGUCUGUUGCAUCAACAGAGACUGUGGUUGGAACAGCAAAACAAGAUUAUUGCUAAACAUAUGUCUUGACUUUUGAAUUGAGAUUAUUCUGUAGAGGUGGACCUCGAAAUUUAUAUAAAAUCAAAUGUAAUUAUCUUGUAUUCAGAAAACUUUAAUCCAUUCUCUUUGGCAGAGUUGAACGGCAACUGCGAGUUU